GUGGUUUCUGAGCAACACUCGUCAUUUGCGAAGGAUCGAAAGAAAGGAAAGCCCCAAUUUCGCAGCCUCUGCUUCUCAAUCUCUCAGAUCAAGUGAAAUGGCUGGUCACAAGGUUGCUCAUGCCACAUUGAAAGGACCAAGUGUUGUUAAGGAGAUAAUCAUAGGGGCGGUGCUUGGUUUGGCUGCGGGAGGCCUUUGGAAAAUGCAUCACUGGAAUGAGCAGAGGAAAGUAAGGACAUUCUAUGACUUGCUGGAGAAGGGUGAAAUCAGUGUCGUUGCCGAAGAAUAGAUCUUCUAAUUUUCAAACAUGAUUUUGUGGUCUCAUUCAAAGUUUGUUGAUCAUUGCCUCUAGUAUCUAUUUGGCUCUUGAACUAAAGAUGAUGACCUUAGUCUGGGUUCUGAAUAAUUUUCUCAAACAGUUGUGGAAUACAGUAUUGUUUUGAAUGGAAGUUGAUUAAUCUUCUCAUAGUUU